AUGUCAUCAAGCAAAGGCCCGACUUUGCUAUGGAGCUUAUUCCAUCUGCUCGGCGACGGCUUUGCUCUACCACCUUUCUUACCUGUGUUUGGCAAAGUUCCCGAGUUUGAGAGGAAAAUCAGAGCAAACGCUAUUGAAACCCAGCUUCUCUUUGGGUCCUCUGAAGUUCUUCUGCUGAAGUGUGCUGCCACAAGUAGAAACCUGGUUUCCGCACUUUUGCCCGGUCUGAAGGUUGCUGUUGAGAAGGAUAAAAGCAAUCUGGCCAUUAAGUCCCUGGAAAAAGCAAAAGAAUGGAUGACUGAAAUUAUUGACAAAGUGAAAGAAAUGGUAGAGAGAUACGACACACACAAUGGUAAGGUGGCUGCAUGCACCAGCGAUGUGAUUGCCGUAAAAGAUGACACCGAAAAAAAAAUAGAAAAAAACAUUCAGGAGAUAAAAAACCUGAGGGGGGAAGUCACUGAACUUCAGGAGAAACUGAAGAAAAUCACUGGAGAAAUGAAUAAAAUUGAUGAAACGAUGGCACAGAAAAACCAAGAACUUCAGGAUUGCAUCAGAGAAGCUUCUAGAAAACGUAAUCGUCUGGGUUUCUUCACUGCCCUAGUACCAUUUGUUGGACCCUUAGUCAAUGCGAUUUUUAGUUCUAACAUUAGCGGUGAUCUGGCUGCAAGAAUACAGGUGAUAUCCAAUGAGUUGUCUCGACUCUCCAAUGAGAAAUCAAACCUGAGGAACCAGGAGUGGAAAAUGCAUGUCAGUUUGACCGAUUUGCAGCUGAAGCUGGUGAACAUGAUAAUGAAAUACGAGUCGAUACCCGACCCUGUCCAUCUGAAUGAUGUCCAAAUCUGCCUCAGUCGAAUCCAGCAAAUUCUGAUUCAGAUUAGGACUUUCUGGGAAACAGUGAGUGAAAUGCUGGGGGCUCUAAAAAAGAGACGUUUGCCAAUGAACACUUCGUCGUGGAUAGUGACAUGAAGGAGUUCUUUCUGACCUCUAUCACCGAAGCACAACAGCAUUGGAAGGACUUUGGUGAAUCCUGCCUGCAGGCCAGGGACAUCUUUAGUUUGCAGAAAAAAGAAUCGU